UUAAGAAAAAAAACAGAAGAAAUCAAGCAUGGAAAACAAAUUCACCUCAUUCUUAGUCUUACUUCUCUGUUUUGUAAUCAACUUAGUGAAUUCUGAAUAUUAUCAUUCCGAAAGUAUAGUUUCAAUGGCACCACAUAAUUCGGUAGCUCACCUUCACUUCUAUUACUUUGAUAUUCAUACAGGAAAUAAUCCUAGUGCAAUUGUUGUGGCACAAGCCAACCAAACUACUUUGUCUCCAACGUUUGGUAAUGUUUAUGCAAUUGACAAUCCUCUUAGGGAAGGUCCUGAGGAAACAUCAAAGAUUAUUGGAAAUGCACAAGGUUUAUAUGUGUCAUCUAGCCAAAAUAAGGAUGAUGUCACACUAACUAUGUAUGUUGAUUAUGCUUUUACAUAUGGUGAAUUCGAUGGAAGUUCCAUUAGUAUUAUUUCGAGGAAUCCGGUGAAGGAACAUACGAGGGAACUCACGGUGGUCGGAGGCAGAGGGAAGUUUAGAAUGGCCGUUGGUUUUGCUGAAAUUAGAACACAUUUUCUUAAUGUUACAACUGGUGAUGGGAUUAUUGAGUAUAAUGUAACUCUUUUCUAUUAUUAA